AUGCACUUCUUCCACUAUCAUGCUUCUAGUACUGCUCGUCGACGGCAGAUUAUACAGGUUCGGGACAAUGUCUUGAAGAGCCUGAAUGAAACAUUUGAUCUUGUUACAAGAUCUAGGAAGGAGAGUUUUGACGACGACGCAUAUCUUGCUCUUCCUAUCAAAUGUCAAGAACUGCGUAUAUCACCGAGCAGAACUCAUGUAGAUUCUCCUUCACCGGUUUUCUUUGAUCCUUUGGGAGUGGAAGGUGUUCUUUCCCCUCAUCCUACCGAUGCUGAGACCCGGGAGCAUCUACAAAAAAUCAACCAGGAAUGGGGUCGGAAGGAGACUAUGAGACUAACCGUAGGUGAUAAAGCUUUUGAUCUUAUGUACGCAAUCGAGGAUUUUUUUAGAAUCUACCAGCGAGAUAUGGGCCCGGGUAAUCCGUCAGUCAGUUUGAUGCAGCACGCAAAUUGGGUGCCCAGUGAUGAUAUCUUCGCAGACGAGUUCGAUGACAUAUUAUAUGAAGGCCGUUGGGGGCAGCCAUAUGCAGCCUGGAAGGCUAGAAAAGCUCUCAAUACUCCACACACCAUGAUCGCCAUUCUGAAUGAGACAGAGGAAGACGACAGACUUCUUAUAAGAGAGGUUCAGACAAUCUUGGCUGCCAUGAUUAGUCGUCUGCGCAGCGACGACUUUCCCAGUCACACUAUUAUACCGGUCAUGGCCAUAACCACCUUUGCUACCUACAAGCUGAGAAUUAUAGAGACCCACUACAGCCUCGAGGGUCUCAUAUUUCGGGAGUCCCAAUUAUUGAGCUUUACUGAGAAAGAUAUAGCGAUCCAUAAUAUGAACAUCCUGAUGACAUUUAUGGCUGCUAGAAUGAUUGGGGACACGGAGAGCCUGAGCAUCAUGGGAGAGGUAUGUCUUUAA